AACGCGAGGACGCGGUGCCCAACAUGGCGGCCGCCUGGCCCGCGGGUCGGGCUUACCCAGCGGCGGGGCCUCCAGGCCUCCUCCGCACUCUGUGGCUCGUGACGGUCGCCGCGGGACAUUACGGGGCUGCUGCCUCUGGCGCUGUCGGAGGCGAGGAGACACCCAAGUGUGAGGACCUCAGAGUGGGACAAUAUAUUUGUAAAGAACCAAAAAUAAAUGAUGCUACGCAAGAACCAGUUAAUUGUACAAACUACACAGCUCAUGUUCAAUGUUUUCCAGCGCCCAACAUAACUUGUAAGGAUUUGAGUGGUAAUGAAACACAUUUUACUGGAGAGGAAGUUGGUUUUCUCAAGCCCAUAUCUUGCCGAAAUGUGAAUGGCUAUUCGUACAAAGUAGCAGUUGCAUUAUCUCUUUUUUUGGGAUGGCUGGGAGCAGAUCGAUUUUACCUCGGAUAUCCUGCCUUAGGCUUGUUAAAGUUUUGUACUGUAGGAUUUUGCGGAAUUGGGAGCCUAAUUGAUUUCGUUCUUAUUUCAAUGCAGAUUGUUGGCCCUUCAGAUGGAAGUAGUUACAUUAUAGACUAUUAUGGAACCAGACUUACAAGACUCAGCAUUACCAAUGAAACAUUUAGAAAAACACAGUUGUAUCCAUAAGUGUUUACAAAGAGGAACAGAUUUGAACUUCCCUGAUUUCAAUCAAGAGCCCUGUGUGUGGAAUCCCAGAUUUUCCUCUUCCUUUGGUAUCACUUUAUGGGUUCUAGAUGAUGUUUUGACCUGUGCUCAACCUUGAUUUGUUGAUUUAGUUAAAAUAUACUAUUCCCAGAUUUAUUUAACAGUCCUUCUUAAAAUCAGUAUUCUAUUUUUCAUGGGCUUCUGUCUCUAUGAGACGGCUCAUCUCUUACCAUUACUAUUGGAUUACUGUCAUGUCCUUUACAUGUCACUUGUCAUUUUUAUUUGUGAAAAAUAAAAAGAUAACUUAUUCACAUUUUA